CGUCACUUCCUGUUACAUUUACGCAGAAAACAUACUGCAGCUGUUUAAGGGCUUAAUAAACUAAUGCAAUUAAUUCUGUUCUGAUAAUUAAAACAGGGGUUUAUGUGGACCCAGUAUUAUUUUUAAACAAGCCUUCGGAGCUAUAAGUACGCAUCUGUAAUUGUUGCAGCAAUGAAGGGACCCAACACAGACUCUGAGACUGUGGAGGACCUGGGCUCAUCAGAGAACUCAAACACCGAACAGCUCCCACCGUACCUGAGAGACGAACCACCAGAAGACUCUGACAAAGACCACCCCAAGGAGGAGGCUGGGGUGAUCUGGAGAGUGACGGGGGGCCUUUUCAACAUCACCAGGGGAGCAGUGGGCGCCACCCUGGGUGGCGUGGCAUGGGUCGGUAGCAAAAGCCUGGCGCUCACCAGAACGGCCGUCACAAGUGUGCCCGCGGCUGGCGUCGGGUUGGUGAAGGGGAGCGUUUCCGUGGUAACGGGAGGCGUGGGAGCCGUGGGUUCUGCAAUGGCCAACAAAGUUCCCUUCACACCAAAGAAAAAAGACAAGUCCGACUAGAUUUUCCCUUCAUUUCCAGUUUUUGCUUUUGUGUUUUUUGUUUUUUUUUGGAUUAUGUCUUGGAUAUACCUGGUCACAGCUGAGCAUCUGUCUGCUAGGGCACUUGUUCAUGGAGAAGGUGACCAGAAAAGAUAUCCAUUAGCCUCUUGCUUGCCCCUGCAGUACUUAUGUGUAUUGUUUAGAAAGUGAGGUGUGUUUUUUAUUGCUUAAAAACAUAGUGAUACAGACAAGAUAAAUAAAAACAUAUAUAGUUUACUGGGGGAAUGGCCAGACACUAGUCACAUUUAUUUUGUGAGAAAAUAUGCACUAUUUUUCAAGACAAAAAAUGGUCCUUUUCUGGCCUUAUGAUGCUGCAGUUAUAUUUUCAAGUGUUGCAGGCAAUAAGUGGGAUAAUGCCUUUCAUUUCCAACACACAAAUAUUGGUAGCCAGACCUUUCACCUUGGUUAGAUAGCAGACCUGAUGCAUGUUGCGUGAUGUUGAACAUACUGUAAGUGGUGUAGGUGCUGUAAAAGCAGCACACAGACUUGUAUAAACAGUUCGGUAACAUAUUGUCGUUACAAGCCUAGAGAGUUUGACUUUUAAAAUAAAUUUUAAAAAUCCAGAUUCUAAGGUCUAUUUAAAAGUACUUACUUUUCCCUGGGUUUUUAACUUUCAUUUUAGAAAGCAAUAAGGGCUUACUAGACCAGUAUCGUUAAGCACUGGUCACCUGCAAGACUGAAAUCAAAAAGACUUUGACAUUUUCAAGUUCUGCUACCUUUAGUGAUGAAAUUUCUCUGUUCAGAAUUGUUUUAGCUGACUUAAUUAUUGUAUCGCUUUCUAACCCCCUCGCCUUUCCACUGUUCUGUUAAAUGUUGUUUUGUGUGCUUUACUUGUGAGAAGGUGGAACAAUCUGUUAAUUCCGGAAACACUCCCUGUUUUCACAGCAUGCUCCAUCCAGCAACGAUCAAUGGGCCAUUGUCCUAAAAUGAGGACUUUGAUAUUAAAUUCUACCUGUUGGUCCAGUCAGCAUAAGUAACAACAAUUGUGUGUUGAUUUGUCCACUUGCAUCCCCACUUCAGAAAUCAAGCACGCAGGUGUGGUUUGGAUUGGUUCAGAAGACAGACCUAACAUAGCUGUCCUGCCUGGAAUACUUUCCCAUGGAAAGUGGAUGACUUGGCAAUAAUAAGAACUUUUGCUUUGUUUCCAAGAUUUGUCCUACAGUACCUACAGUAUGUAAAAGUAAAAAAGGACCAGGAAAAAAUAAACAAUAAUCCAUAGGUAGGUUAUGUAAUAUAAAGGUAUACUCAGUAUCAUAUUCUCCAUAUUCUGUCACAGAUAUGGAAAUAGACGCUUAUAGUCUACUAUUUAUUUUUUGAAACAGCUCAAAGAUGACUUGCUAAAAUUAUUUUCUGGGUGUAAAUCGGUAAGGAUUGUAUACAUUUUAAAGGGGGUGCCUCAUCCAGUAUCACAACUUUUUUGGGAAGAAAGCUAGAAACCAUUUCCAAAAAAGAAAAAUCCAAUUUUUAUGCAAGCACUGCAGGGGUGAAUCCUAGGCAGUCCCAUGAUAGUAAUGAAAACGUCAAGUUGCAAGGGCUGGGGAUAAGUGGUUACAUCAUGCCCAAAACUUGCAUAGACUUCUUUGCAUAAAUGUAUUUUGAUGUGCCUGUGUAGAUUAGCUAAAUACAGAGGUGUGCUGUAUUUUCCAAGGGUAGAAAAUAAAAUUCAAAAUGCAUAAAGAACUAAUUUCUUGAAACCCUGUACAUUUUCUAUGAUGUAAUGCAUAUUUCCAGUAGAACUGUUUUGCUCAUAUAAAGUUGUAUUUCCUCUCUUCUAGCAAUCCAGAUGUAUUCAUUUUUCUAUGUGUUUAAGAAAAAGAACUUUUCAAUUAUUGUACCUAAGUGUUUGCUUAUACAAGUCACUGUGAGCUUUCUUUACUAGCAGUUGAAAUAACAAAGUACUGAAUCUGCAUGAUAGUUAUGUACAUGAAUACAUUGCAUGUUUCAGGGACUGUAACUAAGUGUAUAUGAUGCAGUACAUUUUUCCAAAUUAAUUCUUACCACUUGGUUAUCUGUUUUUCACCUGUUCUUCACAUAAGGUUCUUGUAGGAACUGGAGACCCUGUUACUGUAAAUCAAAAUUCUAAGACCAGUUAGAUUUUGUCUAUUAUAGAACUAUUUUUGCAAACUUGAUGCUGUAUUCUAUAAAAUCUAUAAAUAAAUAAAGUAACUCUGUAUUUUAAUGUAGAAAUCACAAAAUGUUUUUUUUUUCCCAAAAGUGUUCUCAUUUCAGAGGGAGUGAAUAAAUUAGCGAUUUACUGUA